AUGGAUCUAAAACAUCUUCGUUUUUCACUCAAAACAGUUUUCUGUCUCCUGGCUGUGUUCUCUUCCAACACUUUUGGUCAAAACUUAUGCUCAGUUAAAGAGAAUACAUUUUUCAUCAAAGAGAACAACAUUAUAGGGACUGAAAUCACUUCCAUAACCACUGAGGAAGGGGUGACACUUGCUAUCACAGUCAACCCAGAGGAGGCUUUUGGCUUAAAUGGCAAUCUGCUUGUAGUAGUUAAAGUACUGGACUUUGAGGCCCUCAAAGAACCCAGUCUAGCUGUCAGUAUACAGUGUAGAAGGGAUGGCGGGACUCCGAUAACUCUAACACUGUUUGUGUUUGUGGAUAACAUUAAUGACAAUCCCCCAGUGUUUAAACAAAGCCACUAUGAUCUGGAAGUUAAUGAGCUAUCAGCAAUUGAUACAAGCAUUGGUAAAAUUGAGGCUAUAGACCUUGACCAAAAUAGGCUGUACUACAUUCUUCAGUCUCCCAAGGAUGAAUUUAUGCUCCGAUCAGACAUAAACCCAGAGAUUCUGACACAGAAGGUCUUGUAUUAUGACACCACUCCAGAAGUCAAUUUGAUUCUCUUUGCUCAGGACACACCCUUAAUUGUACCUGAGUCACCAUCUCAUACUGCCUCAGCCACCAUCAAAGUCACUGUUGUAGACAUAAACAACCGUCCACCAUGGUUUCAGCCUUGCACAGAGACCAAUAUUAACUCUGCCACAGUCUGCCUCAACUUCGGCUACCAAGGGACAGUCAACUUAACUGAGCAAGCAACUGGUGUUUUACCAUUGGAGCCUGCUCCACUGUAUGCCAUUGAUGGAGACAAAGGCAGGAAUGAUCCAAUCAGAUACAAGAUUUUUGGAGGAAAUACAGAUGGAAUCUUCAAUAUAAAUUCAGAAACUGGGAGUAUUAUUAUGGAGAAACCAGUGGGCGUAGCAGGACCCAUCAUAUUAUCAGUCAUGGCCUUUGAAAUGCUGAACCCAGACCAGUUUGCCACCACCAGUGUCACUCUGAAGGUGGUGAGAAAGAGCUUGCACCCACCACAGUUUGUCCAACCCAGUUAUGAGGGCUUCAUCUCAGAAGAUGCAAACAUGGGGAGCCUGGUGUUGGAGAGCAAGACCACCAACAAUCCCCUCCAGGUUCAGGCAACUGAUGCAGACUUCACUAAUGGAAUAAAUCCUGACAUUACAUUUGAAGUGCCAAAAGACAGUGGCUUCAGAAUUACUCCAGAGGGUUUUGUACUCACAACAGGAGCAGUUUCCACUGGCAGUGUUGAAUUACAAAUACGUGUAAUUGAUACAACCAAUGAUGAAUCCAGCACAGCUUCUCUUUCUGUAGAAAUUACUCCAGGGAUUUCUACCACUAUGGAUAUGCACACCACAGUCAUCACUAAUGCUACCAUAUCCACAGACAUGGCUACAACCCCUGCCAUAACGACAAAUAUAACUGCAAAUACUCCCAUAGCCACAGACAUGGCUACAGAUGGUCUGCCCGUGCUGGUUAGUGGUGGCUUCAGUGUGGAGGAAAUGGUGGCCCUGGGAGCCAGCCUGGCUGUGGUGGUGAGCCUCUGCCUCGUGGUCAUUGGGCUGCUGGCCCACCACCUCAGACGCCACCGUACCAACUGGAGAAAGAUGUCUGAGGCUAGCGUCUUCCGUAGCAUGCUGAGUGGGGGAUCAGUUGGGCCUAAGGAUGGCAUGCAGUACACCAACCAGGGCUUCCAGAGUGAUGGAGAUGCAGGCAGCAUAAGCUCCCAGAAGGCAGCAGAGCUGGACCUACCGCUGGGGCCCAAGCAGAGCUGCAGGGAGCUGGAAGAACAGGCAGCCCCAGGUGGUACUGUAGCUCUGCAGAGCAGGAGUGCUGAGCCCAGCAGCACUCCUCAACCAGACUCCAGCAGCCUCACCGCUUCAGACCACACAGACGGCGAGAAGGAGGUGAAGCCCAUUCUCACCAAGGAACGACGUGUGGAGGAUGGCUACAAAGCCGUGUGGUUUAGGGAGGACAUCGAUCCCAAUGUCAAGGAAGAAGUGGUCAUCAUCCCUGACAGCGAAGAGCAAGACAUCAGACAUGAGGAUGAUGAGGAUGAUGAGGAUGAGGAUGAG